AUGAAAUGGUAAUGGAGCAAUGCUUAGCCCUGCUUAAUUUUGUUAUCGUUAAUUGAGUUUCAGUGAUUUCGCAACUAUUUAGGAAAUGUGACAUCGUAUCCUAUAUUAGUUUGAUCGGAAAUUCUACUAGGUUGUUGGCAGAUUCACAUAAAUUACGUGGUCCUUAUAAAGGUAUAAAGCCUUAGCUCUGUCGUUCUUAGUUUCGCGUCAUAGGCUAGGGCUUAUUGUAGUUUCGUUUUCGUACAGCUCAUUAAGUUUCACCAAUUUUUCUCUUGUGCUGACCCGUUUGCCCGAGAAAUGGCUGAAAAGAAGCAGAUUAUUGCCGGUCGAGGGGGUCGAGGCGCUAUUAUCGCCAAGCUUCUUGAAAUGCAGCGACCUCCUGGACAUCCCCCACAGGAUGGAAGUGGAGAUGCACCACCUCCCCAUGUACAGCAAGUGACACCAUCCCUGUCACAGACCCCACCUCCUAGAGUCAGUGGGCGAGGGGCACAGUUGCAGAAACUGCUGCAGAGUCAACCCCCGCCGGCACCCACACCCGCAGCGAUAUCAGCGCCCGUACCUACAGCUGGACCAGCACCCAGGCAGGGUGGGCGGGGGCAGAUACUACAGGCAUUAGCUUCUCAAAGUGCCAGAGCUAGUCCAGCCACGCCUACUCCCUCCACUGCUGCUGCCCCCUCGCCAGCAGUACAACCACAACCUGUGGCUGAGGUGGCGGACAUAACCCGACAGAUGAAGAGGGUGGACAUUGACACACCACCUGUCAUAAUGAGAGGGAAAGAUGGGAGAGAGGUUAAUGCUACAGCCAACUAUAUUCCCCUGUAUCUGAAGCCAGGAAGAGGCAUUUACGAAUACGAAGUGAGAUUUUCUCCAGCUGUGGAUGACAGAGGUCAGCUUGAACAAAUGCUCUUUGUUCAACACAAGGACAUACUGAGCGGCAAAAGACGAACUUUUGAUGGCGUCACAAUGUACCUGCCUCAUAAAUUAGAGGUCGAAUCAGUAACCAGCAUCCAUCCAGUAACCAAAGAAGAACACAAAAUAACAUUCAUCUAUAGAAGAGAGCGAUCAAUGAGAGAAUGUUUACAUUUUUAUAAUGUUCUCUUCAAUAACAUCCAAAGAGAGUUAAAGCUCCAGAGGAUUGGGAGAGAAUAUUUCAGUCCCGAUGGAGUUCAGGCUAUUCCCCAGCAUCAAUUGGAAAUAUGGCCAGGCUAUGUUACUGCUGUUGAUGCUUUUGAAGGUGGGGUGAUGCUGAACUGCAACACAUCACAUAAAGUGCUCCGAACUCAAACUGUACUUAAAUUGAUGGAUGAUAUAAUCCAUCAAACUGGUGGUAACCAAUGGAAGGAGGUUGUGCAGAAACAGCUGAUUGGACAGUCUGUAAUGACUCGUAAGCCCAUCAAGAUAUACCGUAUUGAUGAUAUUGAUUUCUCUCUGAAUCCCACAAGUACAUUUACUUGUGCUGAUGGUACUGAGAUGACUUACAUUGGAUACCAUGAGCGGAAGGGCAUCCAGAUUCGUGACCAUAAUCAGCCUCUUCUGGUUCAUCGUCCGAAACCAACCAAGAGACCUGGUGGAAUUGGCCUACUUAUGUUGAUUCCAGAACUGUGCUUCAUGACUGGACUUUCAGACGAAAUGAGAGCUGACUUUAAAGUGAUGAAAGAUGUUGCCACAAUCACCCGAGUCAAUCCCAACCAGAGAGUCUUAAACCUACAAAAAUUAAUCAAUAACAUAAAAAGUAACCCUAGAUGUGUAGAGAUGUUGGAGGAGUGGGGGUUGCAGGUACCUGAGAGGCCGUUAGAGAUGACAGCCCGUAUAUUGAACCCUGAACAAAUAACAUUUGGUAGAGGAUUCACCACCAACGGGAACCCACAAGCUGACUGGAACCGGGAUGCAACUUCUCAACACAUGCUAGAAGUGGUCAACAUUGACAAUUGGAUUGUGAUGUUUGCAUCCAGGGAUGAGCGUAAUGCACAUGGAUAUGUGGAAAUGAUGGGAAAAGUGUGCCCUCUCAUGGGUGUUCAAAUUGAAUACCCCAGUUUGAAUAAACUGAGAGACGACAAGCCAGACACCUAUGUUAAGAAUUUGAAGGAAUCCGUUACUGAAAAGACACAGUUGGUCGUGGUGAUAUUCCCCACUCAAAGAGAAGACCGCUACUCUGCAAUCAAGAAAUUUUGCUGCCUGGAUAGGCCAGUCCCUUCACAGGUAAUCAACUCACGCACAAUCAGCAAACCAGACAAGCUGAGGUCUAUUGUACAAAAGAUAGCGCUACAAAUCAACUGCAAACUUGGAGGAUCCUUGUGGUCUGUCAGAAUUCCAUUUGCAAACGCAAUGAUCUGCGGCAUGGACUCUUAUCACGAUACAAAGAGCAAGAACCGGUCAGUCGCAGGUUUUGUGGCGUCCAUGAACAAGGAAGUGACAAAGUGGUUUUCUCAGGUAUUCAUCCAGUCUAACAAUCAAGAGCUGCUAAAUGGAAUACACGAGGCAAUGUGCCAAGCUAUCCUAAAUUACUAUGAGAGAAACAACCGACACCCAGACACUAUCAUCGUAUUCAGAGAUGGGGUUGGCGACGGACAGUUGAGGGUAUGUGAAGAAUUGGAGAUUGGAUCAUUAAAGAAGGCAUUCAGCUCAAUCUCUCCAGACUACAACCCCUCUCUUUGUUUCAUCGUGUGCCAAAAAAGGAUCAAUACUAGAAUCUUCCUACCCAAGGGUCGGGACUUCGAGAACCCCCCGCCAGGAUCAGUAGUGGACAACACUAUAACAAGACGGACGCUGUUUGACUUCUUCUUGGUGUCGCAGUUGGUGCGUCAGGGAACUGUCACGCCAACACAUUACGUGGUUCUUCACAACUCCACACACCUGGACCCUGACAAAAUACAGAAGUUGACGUACAAAAUGUGCCAUCUCUACUAUAACUGGCCUGGAACCAUCAGAGUGCCUGCUCCUUGUCAGUAUUCCCAUAAGCUCGCCUACCUCGUGGGUACAAGUCUCCACAAAGAACCAUCGCGUGUCCUCUCUGACAGGUUGUUCUUCUUGUAAGGCCUCACUCUGCUGCUGCGUAUCACCACUUAAGACUGAACAACAUGUACAAUUAAUUGUCAAUAAUUGUAGUUUAAGCAACAUAAGUAUUUUUUAUACAAUCAAGAAACAACUACAUACUUAAAGGUUAUCAAAACAUUCCCCAAGUUUAUCCUUAUGUAAACUACAUCCGAUUUAGUAUGGAUAUAUUUUUGUUACCAUCGAGUUUUUGUGAGUAGUGUUGUCAAAAGUUUAGACGUCUAACCUGUGUUUAGUGUGACUUGAUAUGUGUUAACAAGAGAGAGGAUUUUACUUGAUUUGAUCUCUUCCAAUAUUUGUGUUUAAUGUUAUUAAGAUUGUUUAAUUAAUAUUAUAUUAAUUAAGUUAGUUAUUAUUGUUGUUUUGAUAUAAGUAUUUUAUAUAGCAGACUCUGUUAUCAAAGUAAAUGUGAACAAUGUGUUAAACAUGUUACGGGUUUUAUGAGUCGUCUCUUAUUACACAAUUUUGUUCAACUUUUUCUGUUCAAAUAUCAUGAGAUAGUUAAUAUCAAAGAUGAUAUUUCUUCCUUUUUUCCUUUGUUACCACCGAAGCAGUAUUCAUUCUUCUAUCUGGUUGUAUACGCUUCCUGAAAUUUGUGUUUUGUAAUAUUUUGAAGUUUCUUUAGUCAGUAAAGUAUAAAAAUAAAAUCUUUUCACACUCAUAUUGUCAAAUUGUUAAAAAGUAGAUCUUGCUUUUUAGUUUCACUUUUCCAAUAAUUAUUCGGUAAAACCUCAAAUAUUAUUUUUUUUUUUCUCACUAACGGUAAUUUGCUAAAGCCAAUCAGUAAGAAAAUUAAAAAAAGUAGAGGAGUUUUAAAAUUGUACUACUAUUUGCCACAGUAAAUAAAUUUUACAAUGUGUACAUUACAUGCUGUGUUUUAAAAGAUAACAUUAUGAUAUUCUUAGAUAUAAAUCUAUAUUCAAAACUUGUACAUUUCUAUCUAUGUGAAAUUCAUUCAUUGAUGAGAGGGAAGAAGAAAAAGAGAAGUUGUAUUUGUGUAUAUAGUUAAGACCCAUUUCAUAAUAUCCUUUAGUUAUAGUGUUAAUUCAAUUCUUAUUGAUGAGGUGUUUUUUGAUAUUAAACUGUUACUAAUGUUGUUAAAAGGUUGACUAUAUCUUGAGUCUCUUUCG